AUGUAUCGGUUAGCUCUACUCGCCCUGGUUGCGUCGGUGUCCGCCAACUGCUGUCCGAAGGUCGAUCCUGUAGAUAACUUCCAAUUUGCCGCUUGGGGACAAGGUACUUGGUACGAAGUUGCGAGGUACCCCAGCCCCGGUGAGGAUGGCACCACGUGCGGUCACGCCCAGAACAAACUCGAGGGAGAUGAAGUCAAAGUGACAAACUACUUCGUUCGCAACAAUAAGGCUGCUUCCAUCGAGGGAGUCGCGAAACUCGCUCCGGACGCUGGUCAGACCGGCAAAAUUCUCUUCAAAAUGACCGGACGUCGUGGUGCUUUAAUAGAGAACACUCUAGACAUCAUGGCCAUUGAAUAUGAUAAAUACGCUAUUACCUACUUCUGCAAAUUUGACGAAGCUACACAUAGCCACAGAGAUUACGCCUGGGUCUUUUCAAGAUCCAAGGUUCUUCCUGAAGACGCCAAGGCUGCUGUUGACAAAUUCUUGAGCGAAUCCAAGGUUUUGGAAGCCAAAAAAUUCAUAUGGCCCAGUUUCAGCGAUGAGGACUGCAAAGUCGACGCU